AUGAUGGAGCUUGGUGACGUGCAAGCUCCACUUCUGAAGCAGGUGGUGGACGCCGUAAGGGACGUGGUGCAGGAAGCCAACAUAGAGUUUUCCACCACCUCCGGCUUCUCCCUCCUAGCCAUGGACUCCUCCUUCCUCGCCCUCGCCGCCUUCCUCCUCCGUCCCGACGCCUUCCAGCACUUCCGCUGCGACCGCCCCCUCACCAUGGCCGUCAACCUCAACAAAAUGGCCACCGUCCUCCGCUGCGCGGCCACCGACGACAUCGUCAAGCUCCGUUCCGACGACGAACCCAACCUCCUCACCUUCAUCUUCGAAAGCCCCACACAACACAUUAUAUCUGAGUUUGGGAUGAGUGUGAUGGUGGUAAGGCAUGACCCGUUCUUUAUUUCCGAGGAUAUUGUGUACAACGCCACUGUGAAGAUGCCUUCUUCUGAGUUUUCAAGAAUUAUCAAAGGCCUCUCUUCUAUAGGGGACACUGUUUUCAUAUCGGUUACUCAACAAGGUGUUGUCAAGUUUACCACCAAAGCAGAUUUCGUUGCCAAUAUAACUUGCACUGGGAAUAACAUCGUGGAGAGGGCUGAAGAAGACACUAUGAUAGAGAUGAAUGAGCCUGUGUCCCAGGCAUUUUCAUUGAGAUAUUUGAACUCUUUCACAAAGGCAACGCGGUUGUCUAGUACAGUCACCAUCGGUUUGUCAAUGGGCAUGCCUCUUAUGGUUGAGUAUAAGAUUGCUGAGAAGGGUUAUGUUCGCUUUUAUUUGGCUCCUAAGAUAGAAGAGGAGGAGGAGGAGGAGGUGGAUGUCCAGAACGAAGAGCAAAACCCUCAAGAUUAG